GUCGCUGCCGCCAUGGGCUGGGAGGAGAUGCAGGUCCGCGGGUAUCCCGAGUUCGUGCGGACGGCGCAGAGCUACCACGGCCGGCCCAUCUUCGCGCUCUUCUGCGGCGAUAAGGACGCCGAGGGCAGGAGCUGGUGUCCCGACUGCGUGACGGCUGAGCCAAUUGUGAGGAAGGAACUUCAUAACCUGCCUGAUGAGUCGGUUUUCAUCUACUGUCUAGUAGGAGACAGAGCCUACUGGAAGGAUCCCAACAAUGAAUUCAGGAAGAAUCUGAAACUAACAGGAGUGCCUACAUUACUUAAAUAUGGAACACCUCAGAAGCUGGUCGAAGAAGAAUGUUUUAAAGCAGAGCUUGUGCGUAUGUUGUUUACUGAAGACUAAAGCCCUCACUAGUCAGUCAUUGAUGAAGAUGGUAAUCUCAAUUAAUGCAAUGUCAUUUCAAGGGAUCGCUGACCUUCAUUAAAAAUUUUCAUGAUUCAUUA